GGACUCGGGGUAAGCGGACAGCUGGCCUAGGCCUGCCGCCCGCGCCUCGCUCCCUUCCAGCCAUUUCCCGGACUCCGCAGGGCGGAGCAGCCGCCAGUGGCAUGUUUUUUGCUCAGCAAAGCCUCUGCUGCCUUGGCAUUAGGACACAGCUACUGAAGACAGUUUAUCCUGUAAGAUUCUUCAGAUUUUCGACCUCUGCAACAAUGGCCUUCAAGCACAAAAACGCAAAACGAAUUGAAGGGCUUGAUGUCAAUGUAUGGGUUGAAUUUACCAAAGUGGCUGCAGACUCCUCAAUCGUUAAUCUUGGUCAAGGCCUUCCAGAUAUAUCCCCUCCUAGCUAUGUUAAAGAAGAGCUAGCCAAGGCAGCGAAGGUUGAUAGGCUGAACCAGUAUACACGUGGCUUUGGCCAUCCAUUGUUGGUGAAAGCCUUGUCCCAGGUAUAUGAGAAGGUUUGUGGAAGGAAGAUUGACCCUUACACAGACAUCUUGGUGACAGUGGGAGGAUAUGGAUCUCUAUUUAGUGCAAUACAGGGAUUAAUUGAAGAGGGAGAUGAAGUGAUAAUAAUUGAGCCAUUUUUUGACUGUUAUGAACCCAUGGUGAAGAUGGCAGGAGGAAAACCUGUUUUUAUCCCACUGAGAUAUAAAACUGUUGUUGGGAACUCUGCAUCUAGUGCUGAUUGGGUCUUAGAUCCCACUGAACUUGCAAGUAAAUUUAAUUCCAGAACAAAAGCUAUUAUACUGAAUACUCCGCACAACCCUAUAGGCAAGGUAUUUACCAAAGAAGAACUCCAGGUAAUAGCUGAUCUCUGUAUUAAACAUGACACCCUGUGCCUAAGUGAUGAGGUAUAUGAAUGGCUGGUGUACAAAGGAAUUAAACACAUUAAAAUAGCUACACUGCCAGGGAUGUGGGAGAGAACAAUAACUAUAGGAAGUGCUGGAAAGACAUAUAGUGUCACUGGCUGGAAGCUUGGAUGGUCCAUUGGUCCACAGCAUUUGAUAAAACAUUUGCAAGUUGUUCAGCAGAAUACGCUGUAUACAUGCCCAACUCCGUUACAGGAGGCGUUGGCACAAGCACUUUGGAUCGACUUUAAACGCAUGGAUGACCCAGACUGCUACUUUUACUCGCUGUCUCGAGAGUUGGAAGGCAAGCGUAAUCGGAUGGCUCAGCUACUCCAAGAAGUUGGAUUGAAACCUGUCAUUCCAGAUGGAGGAUACUUCAUGAUUGUUGAUGUUUCUGCACUCAAUGUGGAUCUGUCUGAUAUGGAGGCGAAUCAACAUUAUGAUUAUAAAUUUGUGAAAUGGAUGAUAAAAUCUAAGAAACUGUCAGCAAUUCCUCUUACAGCAUUCUGUGGCCCAGAGACCAAAAAGCAAUUUGAGAAAUAUAUACGUUUUUGCUUCAUCAAACAAGACAGCACACUGGACGCAGCUGAGGUGAUCCUGAAGAACUGGAAUAAACCUACAUCUUGAUUUUUAUAUUUGUAUUAGUUAUUCCAUCUGGUAUAAUUAUUUUAUACAUAGGUAUUUCAUUAUACCAUUAAAAGUUAAUGUACUCUAAA